GCAGCAAUUAUUCUUACGGAGGAAUUGUUCGCCUACUUUUUGAGUAGAGAUGUUCUAACACCUUACAUUAAUUUCUUGCAGUUUCAGUUACCUCAGCUGGGUUACAGAAGUAUAUCCGUACAAAAUAUUUCUGUCUGUGCGAAGUCAACCAACGUUUGGAUAAAAUCUGCGUCACUGUGCUGCUUCGUAGCUAAUUUUUUUAAAUCCAACGUAAUGGAAAUCGGCGAUAGAAAUGUAGCUACGCAAAUAUUGGGAUUUAUUCGAGAAAUGAGCGAAAAAUUAUAUACGGAUAAAAUAGCGAUAUGUGAUGUCGCAAUGGACGACCACGGAUCCGUAGUUGAAUUGGUUGAAUACAUCCGACUGCUAACUGAAGUUAUAAGAAAUAUGCCGUGGUGUUUAAAGUGCAAAGACUGGGAUAUUGUUAUUAUUGGAUUGAGUUCAUGGGUACCUAGGGUACUUAAUUCAAUCGAGAAGUUCGCGGACUUGAAGGCUAUUUGCUACUUUCGUGCAACUUAUUAGAACCGAAAAAAAAUGCAGUUCUACUCUAUUAAUACAAAAAACUAUUAAUGAAUGGGAAUACUUAUUUGAAAAGGAUGUAACUUGCGGUAUAUUUAAUACGUUCUACAGUCUUCUACAAACACAAGGUAAAUAACAUUUAGAAAUAUAAUUUAAUGUCUAGAUAAAUAUUGGCAAUUCAAAGUUAUCACAAUUCAUGAAAAU